AUGCCGAGUCUGAUUAUUGUUGCUGGAAUAGUAACCAUGGCUGUGGCUCUGGCUGCGCGGCGUGGUCGCGUAGAUGUCGUCGUAGCGCUGCUUGCGCUGCACUCUGCUGCUGCUCGGCCUAUUCGGCCGAUAGUUGUGGAUAGCGGCCAGACUGCCCGUGGUGAACUUGAGCUCGCCUCCAGGAUGCGUGGGUGGCGUCUCCUUCCCGCCGGCCAGAUCGAUGUCGGAAAUCCAGUACUCGCAGCGAAGGUCACCGUGACUUCCCCAUUGCCGGAAGCCGAAUUUGGUGGUCGUCAUGGUGAAUAUGGGACAGCAGCAUGCGUGGAGGGGGCGCGUGAAGUGGGAUGGUGA